CUCGCAAUGUUAAUGUCGUUGCAGGUAGAGGAUUUGUAUUGCAUGGUAAAACUUUUCUAUCACGUUUAUUCUUCAUGUUUUAAACAGUUUAUAACAUAUAUUGUUUUAUGUGCUAAUGUUGAUAGCUUGUAGCCAGUCAGACUAAUAAAGUAAUGAUUAGGUGAUUUCUCAUAUUGCAAAAAAUGUUCUUCAGACACAACACUUGGCGGCGUCUUUGAUGCUUGCAUCAAUGAAUUUCCUUGUUCUUUUCUUGCAUAUAAGCUAAUGUCUAGCAUUAGCACCCUUAGACAGUGCUCUUUUUUUUUUCUUUUUUUUUUUUUUGAGAGCACUAUAAUAGAGUACUUGUAUGUGCCAAAGGUAUUUUUAGUAACACAUUAUUUUACAUGCACUGAGUGACUGUUGUGUAUAUAUUUUUAAAGUUUUAAUAAAGAAGGUACAUGAUAUUUAUGUCUGAAAGUGUUAAUAAUGAAAUUAUAGCCAUUUACUGAUUUUGUAUAAUUGGUUUAUUUUAAUUCAAUUAAAAUAUUUAAUUCAAGCACACCCGACUUUAGCCCGGCUUGUUCUUCACUUCCUGGUUUCAGCCGGUAACCAAAAUUUUAUCUCCCGUUUUUUCAUUGGUGAUAGUUUUGUUUGUUACUUAAAUUUUGAUUGGGUAUUUCUAUCAUCUUUAAAAUAGGAACCGCGAAAUGUAGCGUCACUUAGUUCUUAGUUGUUCAGCGUGUCACACUGAUUUUCAAUUAGUAGUUAAAAAGAACUAUAACAAAGGAAAUUGGAUAAAUCUGUGAUAUUUAAAUAACAUGUCAACAUAUGGAAUAACAAUAUUAUAAAUUAGAGAAAUUAAAUAAACCCUUUAAGGGUUUAUUGUAUUAAAAAUAACUUUUUCAUUGGACUUUGUGAACAACAGUACAUAAAUUCGUCAAUUUGACUUGUGCAAAAAAAAAAAAUGUGGUGCAAUAUGUACACAUUUGCAUGUUAACAUUGAUUUGUCAAGGUUUCAUCAAAUUACUCUUCAUAAAAUUGCAACGGGAUUGCGAAAGGGAGCAAAACUUAACUAUAAACUGAUGAACGAACAGGGGAUAUCGCUAGACACUAAAGAUAACAGCGAUAACAAUGAUGAUCAGGUUGCUGAGGAUACUAGAAAAGAUUCGGUUUUCUCGCCGGUAAAAUCUAAAACGCAAAAAUCAAACGCAUCUUCCGCAGAGGAUGAUGGGAAACACUCUUUACCCCAGGAGGUUGAUUCGGACGAACAGGAAAUCGAAAAAUUGCAACGUGAGUUGGAAACUCUAGAAAAAGACGAAGCAAAACUCAAGAAAAUUAAACAGAAAGAAGAAUUACGCCAGAAAGUGGUGAGGAAAAGAGACGAGGUCAAGGCUCUAAGAGGCUAUUUUUAUCUUAUCUACGGUAAGGAGAUACUGAACAGUCCAACUUUGAAGCUAAAAGAGGCCAAGUUAAUUUGAGAUGGUUGUCACACUGUGAGGCAAGUGAAAACAUUGCAUAGAUGCUACAAGCCAGACAUGAUUAACCUUGACAGAGAGGCAAGUGAACAACAUGAUGCUGCAGCAAAUGGGCUGUUAAAAUUAUUCAAAUCUUAUAAUGGCAUUGCAACAGUUAACAUGUUGUCCGAUGUACUACCUGUGUUGGCAAUGCUGUCAAAGACGUUGGCAGACCAGGGUUUCUAUCACUACCAGACUGUAUACUCGUCGCCGUUUUUAGACAUAUAAAUCUGAAAGAGUAUUUGACGUCAGUCAGUCGUGUAUGUCACAGAUUUUACCGUAUCAUAGAGAACAGUGCAAGUCUGUUUAGUGAUUUCAACUUACCCGGCGGGCUUUUUGUACUUUUAGCAUAUGUAAAUGAUGAGUUCUGCUCAACCCGGGGCUAGAGAGCGUGGACGGUAGCAUGCAUUUCCACUACCGUCCAUGAACAGGCUCAAUCAAACCGAGCCUACAACAUUUUCAUUUUUGUCGUGUUGAUCGACCUGUGAAGUUUUCACUUUUCUCUAUUUUACAUUUUAUAUACGAGAUAUUGCUAAAGUCCUACGUCACUCUGGAUUAUGUAAGAGAUUUUUUUAUCCCACCUGGAACGCUCUUUCGAUGCUCUGUAACUGACAUUGACUUUAUAUUUUCAACAUGUUUUAAGUUUGCUCCAAACCUCUAUUUGAUCGGACUAAAUGAUUUUCCUAUUUCUACACUGUGUUUUUUGAGGUUUGCACCAAAAAAAUAUCAAGAUUCUUCAACUGACAGGCUGUAAUAAUUAUAUGACUGUGACUUUCUGUUUUUGAAGGAAUGCACUCAACUCAGUCAGCUAUACUUAUUGUUCGCGAACAUACAUUCAAGUACAGUUGUAGAAAUAGUAAAGAACAAGCACCUGUCAGUUCUAGAUGUGUCAGGAAUAGAGUUUGAUAUUGAAUGUUGUGACAAAGUGCUACAAUCAUUUUGUCAGAUUAUUUUGGCUUUCCAUCUGUCUCUCAGUGUACCUGAGCAUAUCUUUCAAAAACAUAUUGAAGACAUAAACAUUGACUGCUUGUUUCAUAUCUGCAGAAGAGCACAUAACGAGUAACAAAAAGUUCAGUUUGACUGAGGUUGUUAAGACUUUUACAAGAUGAGGACAUGUUAUUUGAAAAUGAGUGUGGAAGUGAAAGUGAACAGACAGAUACAGAUUUUAAGUGUAAGACUGAAACUGAACAAACACUUGCAGAGUUACAGUGUGAGACUUAAACGGAACAGACAGUAACGGAGUUACAGUGUGGAAAUGAAAGUGAACAAAUACUUAUAUAUUUUCAGAGUGAAAGUAUAGCGUGUAUAAAUUUAAAGUAAUAUAAAACAAUUAUUUUUUACAAGGAAUAGGUAUUACUGAAACAUUUAGUCUUAAAGCUAAUGUUAUUUGUAUUUUUAUAAUGUAUAGUAUUAUGUUAAACGUUUUGCCAAAGAUAUGAAACAUGGACUGCACGAAACUUUCUCCGUGUAAUGCAAAGUUAGUUGUAAUUCAGAAAGAACAGUUAUGACUAAAAGAUUCAAGAUUUGUUUUUAAUUGUUGCCAGAAUACUGCUGUAAUUCAGAAAUUAAAGUUCAAACUAU